UGUAUGAGUCAAGAGGUCGCAAAGAACAUUAUAUUAAUAUUUUGUUUGAAUAAAUUAUUUCUUUGUGAAGUGGAUUAAUUUGGCACUAACGAUGAAGGAACACCUGAAUUUGAAUUUUACAUUUAUAUCGUUUGUAUUAACAGUUGGCAUAGCCUUAAUACCAUUUUAUUUCGUUUUGUGUUGGUUAUACACAUAUUUAAGGAUCCGAUAUUAUCUCUGGAACAUUCCGGGUCCAAAAGGUCACGUGUAUCCUAUAGGAAACUUGAUGCAACUUAUUCAUCCAGAUGAAAGACUGUUUAACAAUAUGAGAAAAUGGGGUCUCGAAUUUUACCCCCUUUAUACAUUAAAUACUGGUCCUUCAAAAUACAUAAACGUUGUUGGACCUGACGAAAUCGAGCAAAUUAUUUCAACAACAAAACAUUUAUCAAAAAGUGUGGUCUACAAAAUGUUGAUGAAUUGGUUGGGAGAAGGUCUCCUAACAGGAACAGGAAAGAAAUGGCACACACGAAGAAAAAUUUUAACACCAGCAUUUCAUUUUAAUAUCCUUCAACAUUUUAUAUCCAUUUUUAACAAAGAAACAGAUAAAUUAGUCCAAAACUAUCUUAACCAAUGUGGGAACUCCAAAGGAAUUACUAUAGACGUUAUUACAUCAGUCACUGAAUUUACUCUACACACAAUUAAUGAAACAUCAAUGGGGACAACUCUGGAUGAUCUAAAUUCGGAAGCAAAAAUCUACAAAGAUUCAAUUUACGCAAUUGGUCCUGUAUUACUUCAAAGAAUGGUUAGGCCCUGGCUAUGGAAUGACUGGGUAUAUAUUUUCACUGUAAAUGGAUUAAAGGAAAGAAAAUUAGUAAAAACGUUACAUAAGAUUACUAACAAUAUUAUCGCAAAACGCUCGGAGAAUUUUAAACCUUUCUUGAAUGAAAAUAAUGCAGAUGAUUUUCCAAAAAAGAAAGUCAUCCCAUUAUUAGAUAUUUUAUUGAAUGCCAAAUUUUUGUACGGGAACAUUGACGAUGAAGGAAUUCGGGAAGAGGUUGAUACGUUUAUGUUUGAGGGUCACGAUACAACUUCUAUGGGAAUAUGUUUAGGACUCAUGCUUUUGGCUAAUAAUCCUCAGCAUCAAAAAUUAAUUUUUGAAGAAAUUGAACAGGUUUUGGGAAAAAAUAAUUCUUCACCAACAUACGAACAACUGAAUGAAUUGAAAUACAUGGAGAGAUGCAUUAAGGAAAUCUUAAGAAUAUAUCCAAGUGUGCCGUUCAUUUCCAGAUUAAUUUCGGAAGACGUAGUAACAAAAAGUGGCUACAAAAUACCAAAGGAUACAAUAGCUAAUAUUCAUAUUUAUGAUCUGCACCACAGUCCUUACUUGUAUAAAGACCCUGAAAAGUUUGAUCCUGAUAGGUUUUUACCUGAAAAUAUCGAAAAAAGGCAUCCAUUUGCCUAUUUACCAUUCAGUGCUGGUCCCAGAAAUUGCAUAGGUCAGAGAUUCGCCAUGUUGGAAUAUAAAGCAUUAUUGUGUGGAAUUCUGAGGAACUUCAAACUCGAACCCAUCACCACACCAGAAAAUAUCGUUUUUAUUCCUGACCUAGUUUUAAGACCAAAAAAUGCCGUCACUAUUAAAUUUGUGCGGGGAGCAAUCGUGUUGAAGAUCAGUAUUCAAAAAACUAUCUUUCUAGCAAGACAUUUAGAUACAGAUAAAAUGUAUUUUGCAUUACUGGUAACGUUUUUUGUGGUGGUUUUGACUGUUUAUAUUUGGCAAAAUGGACAUUCGCCGUUUUGGAAAAACCUGAUGGCAAUCCCUGGCCCCAAACCCAAAGUUGUUGUUGGAAACCUGUUUGAUUUAUUGGGAGAUACCGAACAAACAUUUCGAGCCAUGAGAAAAAGGGCCAUAGAUUAUUACCCAAUUUACAAAGUGCAUGCCCUGGGAAGAAGUUUUGUGGGGAUAUUUAGUCCUGAAGACAUUGAGCUUGUAUUAAGUAAUAUGAAACACAUAACAAAAAAUAAGGUGUAUAAUUUUCUACAUAGCUGGUUGGGAACUGGUCUCUUAACAAGCACAGGGCAAAAGUGGCAAACCAGAAGGAAACUUUUAACCCCAUCAUUCCACUUCACUAUUUUACAAGAGUUUUUGCAUAUUUUCAACGACGAAGCCAAAAACUUGGUGGAAGUUUUAAAAAAGGAAGCUAAUAAACCAUAUAUUGACGUUGUGAAACCAAUCACUGAGUUCACUCUUGUCUCAAUUGGAGAGACUUCAAUGGGUACGAAUUUAAACACGUCUAAUAAUACAGAAAAAUCCAAAUAUAAACAAGCAGUUUACGAGUUCGGCGAAAUAACCACAUACAAGACACCAAGACCUUGGCUUUUUAAUCCUGUAAUCUACAGUUUUACUCAAAAAAGUAAAGAAGAAAAAGUCGUCACAGAUAUUCUUCAUUCCUUCACUACCAGUGUUAUAGAAGACAGAAAGAAGAAACUAUUCGCCAACAACGAAAAACAGGCGUCUUACGCAACGAAAAAGAGGCUGGCCAUGCUAGAUUUAUUAUUAACCUUCCAAGCUGAUGGUGCUAACAUUACCGACGAAGGAAUUAGGGAAGAAGUCGACACUUUCAUGUUUGAAGGUCACGACACCACAUCUGUGGCCCUUUGUUACACCCUAAUGUUGCUGGCAAAUCAUCCGGAUAUACAAGAGGAAAUCCUAGAAGAAAUCCAGGCGAUUGUCCCCAAUGGUGAGACACCUACAUUCAAAAACUACCAGGAAAUGAACUUUUUGGAAAGAUGCAUUAAGGAAUCUUUAAGACUAUAUCCCAGUGUUCCGUUCAUUGGCAGAGUUGCCGGCGAAGAUAUCCACACACAUUCGGGCUAUACAAUUCCCAAGGGAUGCGACAUUAAUAUUUACAUUUACGAUUUGCAUCACAAUCCGAACGUCUAUGAGGAUCCCGAAAAGUUCGAUCCGGAUAGAUUUUUACCGGAAAAUUGCAAGAACAGACAUCCAUUUGCUUAUUUGCCCUUCAGUGCUGGAGCUAGAAACUGCAUAGGUCAGAAAUUUGCUCUACUGGAGAUGAAAACUGUGAUAUGUACUAUUAUAAGAAAUUUUAAAUUGGAAGCAGUUGAUAAACCAGAAGAUAUGAGAUUCGUCACCGAUUUAGUAUUAAGGCCAAAGGGCGAAAUAAGAGUUAAAUUCGUCCCUAGAAUUAAGUGUAAAGUUGCGACCAAGAUGUUGUCAUUCGUACUUAUAUUUCUAAUAUUAUUCAUAACUUAUUUAUACUUUUCGAAAACGAGUAACAAAAAGGACUGGGACAACAUCCUGAAAAUUCCUGGACCUCCAACCUAUCCAAUUAUUGGGAACCUUAUUGAGCUGAUCUUCGUUAAUACAGGUGAGCUGUUUGCAAACGAGAGGAAAAGAACGUUGAAAUAUUAUCCCAUUUAUAAAAUGUGGUCUUUUAACGUCAAAUGUGUCGUUUUGGCUGGUCCGGAAGAUAUCGAGAAAGUUUUGACAAAUAAAAAGCACAACUCCAAAAAUGAAAUAUACAAGUUCUUGCGUGGGUGGCUCGGUACCGGACUUCUUACAAGCGCAGGAAAUAAAUGGCAAACAAGAAGAAAAAUCUUAACUCCAGCCUUCCACUUCAGCAUUCUUCAUGACUUUUUAAAUGUUUUCAAUGAAGAAACGAAAAAUCUGGUUGAAGCACUAUCAAAAUUGUGUGACCAACCCUAUAUUGAUGUUAAGAUUCCCAUAACGGAAUUCACCAUCGCCACUAUCGCAGAUACAGCUAUGGGAAUUAAUCUGAACAAUAGAAAAAACAUAGAAGAAACUAACUACAAGUCCGCAGUUCAUCAAAUUGGAGAGUUGAUAAUACAUCGAUUAAACAGGCCCUGGUUGUACAACCAAUUCGUAUACAGUCUCACUAGAUACAAAAAGGAAGAAAACAGUCUUAUCAAAGUUUUACAUAAAUUCACCAACAACGUUGUGGCAACACACAAGAGGGACUUUCAAAUUCAUAAAAAAGAAGUAACAGAAUCAUAUUCAGUGAAGAAGAAAUUAGCAAUGCUUGACAUUCUCCUGACGUACCAAAAAGAGGGAGCAGACAUCUCUGAUGAAGGCAUUAGAGAAGAGGUGGACACAUUUAUGUUCGAGGGCCAUGAUACGACAUCUGUUGCAUUAUGUUUUUUACUUAUGGUCUUAGCUAAUGAACCUAACCAUCAGGAACAAGUUUAUCAAGAAAUAAUGGACACACUAGACGACAAAAUUCCCGAUCACAACGACCUCAACCAAUUAACGUACAUGGAUUUGGUUAUAAAAGAAUGUCUUAGAUUAUACCCCAGUGUUCCCAUAAUCGGUAGAGUUACUGGCGAGGAUAUCGAAACGCCAUCGGGGUACCACAUCCCUAAAGGCACAGGAUUAAUUAUCGAAAUAUACGACAUGCACAGAAAUCCAAACUUAUAUGAAAAUCCUGAACAAUUCAUUCCCGAGAGAUUCUUAUCUGAGAACUGUAAGAACAGGCAUCCUUUCGCAUACAUACCAUUUAGUGCCGGAUCAAGGAAUUGCAUUGGCCAACGUUAUGCCCUUUGGGAAUUGAAAGCAGCUCUUUGUGGCAUUCUAAGAGCCUUCAAACUUGAAGCUGUCACAAAACCACGAGAUUUGAAAUUCAUAUCGGAUCUGGUGUUAAGAACUGAGGGUCCCAUAAAUGUCAAGUUUGUGAAAAGAAGUAAAUAAGUGUAUAUAAUAUAGAAAUUAAAUGUAAUAUGAAUGCAAAGAUAUCCCUUAUUUUCAAAUAAAUAAUUUGAUUAAUUUUAAAAUUA